UAGCCAAGGAAUGGUUUCCCAGAGGAUUCGGGUUUCCUUCAUCGACCCCGACGCCACCGACUCAGACGAUUCUGGCGACGAGUCCUCCAGGCAUGCCGAGCAUGGUGAGAAGCCUGCCAUGAAAAAGGAGAUGGUCAUCCUUUUGACGACGGCGUGCACCAACAACAUAAACCCUACCGCCCAUGCUUCAACAUCUAGGCCACCGCCGCCGCCACUACCGAGGAUGCGAGGCGCCAAAGUGUCAAGAUCGAGACGGUUCCGCGGCGUGUACGAGCGGCAGCCCGGCCGGUGGGCGGCCGACUUCAGGAGCCAUCGGCUGAACGUCCGGCGAUGGAUCGGCACGUUCCCCUCCGAGGAGGAGGCCAAGGCCGCCUACGACGCCUUCGAGAGGCAGCUCUCGGUUGGCGCCUCCGUCGACGCUGCAGUGCCGCUGUCCCCGACGAGAUCAAUCGUGAUGGAUGAUUCAGAUCAACCGGAGGUCGGAUUGAAUCACACAGCGGACGCGCUCUCGGCGGUGUCGUCGCCGCCAAGCAUGUCUUCCACCAUGACAUCGUCUCGGUCGCCAUCGCCAGCGGCAGCUGUCACCUCGCAUAAGCCGCUGCUACCGUACGCAGAUGAGCACCGGAUGGACGAUCCAUUCCUUGCAGAGGUUCUCGCGCAUGAUGAUCUCGUCGGGCCCGUUAAUCUCGCGGACCUGCCUUUACCGUCUCUGGAUGACAAAUUGGACUUCGGCUCAGGUGAUUGGUCGCUGCUAAUGGAAAAGUUGUAG